GUAAACUAUUUUCAGCAGGUGGUUGAAGGUUGUUUUCACCAUGGCAGGGCUGAAUCUUUGCAUUGUUGUCUGUCACUUCUGACACCUCCGUUGUCUCCAGGGAGAUCUGACGAACCUCGUGCAUGGCAGCCACUGUUCUAAGUACAGACUGGCGAGGAUCCCAGGAACCAACGCAUUCGUUGGCAUCGUCAAUGAAACGUGCGACUCUCUUGCCUUCUGUGCUUGUAGCAUGGUGGAUCGGCUCUGUCUCAACUGUCACCGAAUGGAACAAAAUGAAUGCGAAUGUCCCUGUGAGUGCCCUCUAGAGGUCAAUGAAUGCACCGGCAACCUCACCAAUGCAGAGAACCGAAACCCAAGCUGUGAGGUCCACCAGGAGCCAGUGACGUACACAGCUAUUGACCCUGGCCUGCAAGAUGCCCUUCACCAGUGUGUCAACAGUCGGUGCAGCCAGAGGAUGGAAAGUGGGUAAGCCUGGCCCAGUGCUUGCGUUUACUUCUACACAAUCACUGCAGGAGUAGAACCGAGUAAAGAAUGGUGACUAUCAGCCUCAUUGAGCUUUUCCAGCUGGUAUUUAGAAUUCUCUUUCUUGGGCGCCUGGGUGGCUCAGUUGGUUGAGCGACUGCCUUCGGCUCAGGUCAUGAUC